UGGGCCUUACCAGCCUGGACGUGGCCUUCACAGCAACGGCUCAGGGGCAUUCCGCCCAGCCCUAGUCUCACCUUCACACGUCCUGUCGGGUGCUGGCUCCCGCUGGCUUUUAUUUGCAGGUUCUCUAGUCUUGCGCAUUCUCUCCUAUCCUAAGAAUUCCUAAUCUAAUCCUGAUUCCACCAGAGCCGUAGGGCCAGGAGGCCUUGUUGGGGGCUUGAUGGUCUACUGUGGGUGGAGUGUGAAAGAGAGGAGGCUCAGGUCGCGAGGAGCCUCUGACUUCUGCGCAAGUCCCUUCCCAUUGUAGUGCAGGUGUCCUUCUCUACGCACCAGAGAGCUGCCUUCCUCUCCCGGCUCCUUCCAGGGAGACAACUGUGCCACUUCUGGGCAGCGGACUGGCACUGCUGGCAUGAAAUUUUUUUAUUUUCCUCUUCGGUGUCUGAAUCCUUUCUUUGCAGUUGCUAACACUGUUUUGUUUGAGAGAUCACCCAUGUCUUCCCUCAUCUCCCAGGACAUCCAGAAACUUCUUCCCUCCACCCUCACAUAAGCAUCCUCAACUAGUCCACCACAGUCACUUCAGCCACUGUCUUGCUUUUGACUCUGAGUGAGUAUCUUUAAAGGGCGCAGGUCCAGCAGGGGCCAGUGGAGAAGAGUGAGCAGGAAAGGGAAAACUAACAAUAAGGCCACCAGGACACAGUCCUAAGUGGUCAUGCUUCUUAAGACAUUCAUCCCUUUGACCCAGCGGCUUUGUUUAUUGAGUACCUACUAGGAGCCAGGCACCAUUGCAAGUGCUAGGGACCCCAAAACAUAGAAAGCACUUACAGUCUGGGGAAGGGGACAGACAAGUAAAAGGAUGGUUAUGAAAGAAUCAGGAUUGCGACAAAGAGAAGUCAGCCAGGUGGGAGCAGGGGUGGGGUGUUGCUGGCCAAAGGGGUAGCUGGGAAUCGUCUCAGAGGCAAGAGAGCACACAGUGUGUCUGCAGAAUUGCAGCCCCUCCCUGUGCUGGCGAGCAUGAUGUGAGAGGAGAACUGGUGAGAGAUGAGGCUGGCGAGAGAGACGCCCAAGAGUCAGACGGUGAAGGGCCUCGUGCCAGGCUGAGGAAUGUUGGCUUUAUCUUGAAGGUUAAAGAAAAGAACAGAAAGUUCUCCAGCUGGGGAGUGACCCAGCUAGGCUUAACUUUAGAAAGAUCAUUUUAUGCCAGCCUGGAGGAGAAACGGUAGGGAGGCUGGGAGCGAGAAAGAGCAGGAUUUCAGAAGGCAUCUAAGAGUCUGUUGAAGUGAUCCAGGAAGAGAGGCAGCCUGGGCCAUAGGAGAAGGGGUGGACAGUGAGAGGUCUGAGGAGGCAGAAUCUUGGUGGAAUUAAAGAUGAAUCUAAUACAGGACAGGGAAGCGUGGGGGCACACUCUGUGAACCCUGGUGCCCUUUCCUGGAAGCAGGCAUGGGAGGCAGAGGAGGAGCAGGGUUUGGGGGAAUUGGUGAUUCAGUUUUGGAUAUUUUGGCCUUAAGGUGGCCUUAAAAUAGUGAAGGGGAGAUGUCCAGUCGGCAGUGGGAUCUCCAUUCAGGACUGAGGUCUGUGUGGAGACGUGGAUGUGAAAGUUAUCCACAUAGACCUGGCGCAUGAGAUCGCACCAUCAUCAGCACAGAUGGGAAGAGAAAAACGGGAUUUUCACUGAAAGAGUGAAAAGCUCUUACAGGUGAACAAGGUGAUGUCCAUCUUGUUUUAUGUGAUAUUUCUCGCUUAUCUCCGUGGCAUCCAAGGGAACAACAUGGAUCAGAGGAGUUUGCCAGAAGACUCACUCAAUUCCCUGAUUAUUAAGCUGAUCCAGGCAGAUAUUUUGAAAAACAAGCUCUCCAAGCAGAUGGUGGACGUUAAGGAAAACUACCAGAGCACCCUGCCCAAAGCAGACGCCCCCCGGGAGCCGGCGCGGGGAGAGCCCGCCAGGGCGGAAUUCCAGCCAAUGAUUGCCAUGGACACCGAGCUGCUGCGGCAACAGAGACGCUACAACUCACCCCGGGUCCUGCUGAGUGACAGCACGCCCUUGGAGCCCCCGCCCUUGUAUCUCAUGGAGGAUUACGUGGGCAACCCCGUGGCGGCCAACAGAACAUCGCGGCGGAAGAGGUACGCGGAGCACAAGAGCCACCGAGGGGAGUACUCCGUGUGUGACAGCGAGAGUCUGUGGGUGACCGACAAGUCAUCAGCCAUCGACAUUCGGGGACACCAGGUCACGGUGCUGGGGGAGAUUAAAACCGGCAACUCUCCUGUCAAACAAUAUUUUUAUGAGACGAGAUGUAAAGAAGCCAGGCCUGUCAAGAACGGUUGCAGGGGGAUCGACGACAAACACUGGAACUCUCAGUGCAAAACGUCCCAAACGUACGUCCGAGCACUGACGUCAGAAAACAAUAAACUCGUAGGCUGGCGAUGGAUACGGAUAGACACUUCCUGUGUGUGUGCCUUGUCGAGAAAAAUCGGAAGAACAUGAAUUGGCAUCUCUCCCCAUAUAUAAAUUAUUACUUUAAAUUAUAUGAUAUGCAUGUAGCAUAUAAAUGUUUAUAUUGUUUUUAUAUAUUAUAAGUUGACCUUUAUUUAUUAAACUUCAGCAACCCUACAGUAUAUAAGCUUUUUUCUCAAUAAAAUCAGUGUGCUUGCCUUCCCUCAGGCCUCUCCCAUCUGUUAAACCUUCUUCUGUGACCCGGCUCUCGGGAGCCGUCUGUAAAAUCUGUGUACACCAGUAUUUUGCAUUCAGUAUUGUCAAGGCCAUGACUGUCGUUUUAGUAAACUUGUUAAAAUCA